AUGGCACAGCACGCACCCAGUGGUGCUCUUGCAGUGGACGAGAAAUCUGUUCCAGGAUACGAAGAGCCUUAUCCUUGGUGGUGUCGCGUACCCUUUGUCUCCCUAAAGCCCAAGGCUCCACCCGACUCCCUCGAGACUGCACGACGCUACCUGAAGACCAUGCUCCUUGGUUAUCGAGACUUACAUUCUGGUGGCUCAACCCACUCUUGUCCCAGGGUUAUAGCCGUCCUUUACAAGCAACUGAUAUGUAUCAACUUGGCGACAAACGAGGGGCCCACGUCUAUUCUUCUCGGUUACAAGAUGCAUUUGAGCGGCGCCGAACAGCACUAG